UGGUGGAAGUUCCCCUGCUCAUAAGUCUGCCUUUUAUCUGAUUUCCAGGAUCAUACAGAGGCUAGGCUGUGGAUGCUGAGCAGCCCUGCACCAAGAGCAACAGAGUCUCCACUGUUCUAGAGCCCCUUGUCUACUCUGCAGAUCUGCCUGUACCCCGAGGGUCCAUCAGUCAUGCCAGACACACCAGUGGAGGACUCCCUCUUCCAAAUAAUACACUGCUUCCAUCACUAUGCUGCCCGGGAAGGGGACAAGGAGACCUUGUCCCUGGAGGAGUUGAAAGCCCUGCUCUUGGAUAGUGUGCCUCGCUUCAUGGACACCUUGGGCCGCAGGCAGCCGUACUACGUCACAGAGCUGUUCCGCGCGGCUGACAAAAACAAGGACAACCAGAUCUGCUUUGAUGAGUUCCUGUACAUCUUGGGCAAGCUGGUGAAGGACUAUCAUCUCCAGUUCCACCGGCAGUUGUGCACACACUACUGCACCCAGCACAGCCUCUACUAGAAGGAGGACAGGCAGUUUCUCACCACCAGAACCUCUCCCGGGAGACAUGGCCUGACCAUGAAUAGAUUACAGAACUCAGCAAUGUAUUUCUUCUUAGGUGUGCACACAUGCGUACAAGCAAUAUCACAAAUAUUUCUGGGAAGUACUCAGGGCAUGGUUCUUGGUAUCCCUUAAUGUUCAGUAAAAGAAGUUCAGUCUUUAUUAUCAGAAACAUCAUAUAUUAUCAGGAGCCAUGGCUCCUGCCUUUAGUGAUCCCUUGUUUAAUGGAAGAAUACUGGCCUUGAAUCCAGGGUGCC